AUGACCUGGAGCGACGCGCCCGAGGACGACCAACACGGCUCGUCGACUGACGCGCAACACGCCGGCAAUGCCUCCUUGCCUCCCGACGGGAGCUCGAAAUCUGAUGCCGCGCAGUGCGCCGUCUGCACUGCCAAGGCCCGCAAGGUGGCCAAAGACGCCAUCGACAUGGACCGAGUCCGAUCUCACUUCCCCGUCCUCGGCGGCAAGACGGUCCCGUUCAACAACGCAGCAGGGACCGUCGUGCUCAAGGACGCCAUAGAAGCGGCGAGCCGUGUCAUGAAUGCGAUGCCAAUCGACCACGGAGACGGAGAUGCACGAAGCCGGGCCGCGCAGGCCGAGUAUUCGGACAAACUGCGCCAGUGCGCGGCCUUUAUCAAUGCCGAGCCGGCCGAGAUCGCCUUUGGACAGUCCACGACGGCGUUGCUGCGACUCCUGGGCCAGUCGCUGCGGCCGCACCUCGGCCCGGACGCGGAAAUGGUCUGCUCGACGCUGUGCCACGAGGCCUCGGCCAGCGCCUGGGUCCAUCUCGCAAGAAGCCUCGGCGUCACCAUCAAAUGGUGGACGCCGUCGCGCGACGGCGAGGACGACCCCUGCCUCACGGUCGACUCGCUCAGGCCUCUCUUGACCCCGAAGACGCGCCUCGUCACCUGCAACCACGUCUCCAAUGUCGUCGGGACCAUCCACCCCAUCCGGGAGCUGGCCGACCUCGUCCACACCGUCCCCGGCUGCGUCUUCGUCGUCGACGGCGUUGCCUGGGCCCCCCACCGGCCCGUCGACGUCAAGUCUUUGGACGUGGAUUUCUACUGCUUCAGCUGGUACAAGGUGUUUGGUCCUCACAUGGCGCAGCUCUACGCGCACCGCCGCGCACAGAGCCGCCACAUGACGAGCAUCAACCACUUCUGGUUCGACCACUCGACGCUCGACGGCAAAGUCCACCUCGGCACCGCCUGCUACGAGCUGGAGGCCAUGUGCGCCCCCAUCGCCAGGUACCUGGGGGACAUUGGAUGGGACGCCAUCAUCCGGCAGGAGACGGUCCUGACCGAGGUACUGCUGGACUAUCUCGUCGGCCGGCCCGACGUGUACCGCGUCUUUGGAAGGCGCACCGCCGACCCGAGCCAGCGCGUGUCGAUUGUCAUCUUCGAGGUCCUCGGGCGCCAGUCGAGCGACGUCGUCAUGCAGGUCCACGUUCGCGACCGCUUCCGCAUCACCUGGGGCGACUGCUGGGCCCCGCGGCCGACGUUUGAUGUCCUGAGGCCGCACGGCGACGGCAUCAUCCGAGUCAGCUUUGUUCACUACAACACGGUGGCCGAGGUCCGCGAGCUGUGCGCCGAGCUGGACGACAUUGUCUCGACGUCGGCGGCCACCGGACGGGGCUUGCCGUCCGAUGCAUCACGUUCCCGGGACGGUCUACUGGGUCACGGGGAGAACAUAGAUGCUUCCUUGGGUACGUCUUGA